UCCCAUCUUUCCCUGUCGUUUGUGUCCUUGUGAGCUGCAGACAAUUGAUUGGGGGAAAAAAGGGAGGCUCAACGACGGCAGACUAGUCUGGGGGAAUAGCUCUUCAUCUCCCUUCUGUCUAGUAUCACAUCCUCUGUGAUCAUCCCAUCUUCGCAUGCUUCAAGUGGCCACGAAAAGCUGUACAUUAAUUAGCCCCUGGAGGUGGAUCUCUCAGCUGUCUUCGUGAUGAUGUCUUGCAAAUUAUUCUUUCUUUCUGACUAUUUUGCUGAACCGAAGCUGAAGGCUCUCGUCUGCCUGGGAACCAUCUGCAAACGGUUUCAAAGACGCCUGUGGGAGGUGAUUAGGACCCCCUCGAUAAUAGCGGCCUGUUUAAAGGGGUAUUUGUUGCUUAAAGGGUGACCACGGGAGCACCCUGCCCAGGGGGAAAGGGUUUUCUGUCUAAGAGGUGAACGUUUGGAGGGAGGACAAGAAGAUGCAAGAGGGGAGGAGGAGGAGGAUGGGAGGAGAAGGAGAAGAUGAAGAAGCAAAGCAAAGACAAGCAGAUGGUUGACCUAAUGACGGUCUUGUGGAAUCAAAGACAGAAAUAGAAUGCCCAGGGGGAAAGGGUUUUCUAUCUGAGAGGUGAACUUGUGGUGGGAGGAAAGAAGAUGCAAGAGGGGAGGAGGAGGAGGAUGGGAGGAGAAGGAGAAGAAGAAGCGAAGCAAAGACGAGCAGAUGGUUGACCUAAUGACGAUCUUAUGGAAUCAAAGAUGGAGAUAGAAUGGUGACAUGGAGAUCGAAAAGUUAAGGGAGGGAAGCUCCUUUUGAGCUGUGUCAUCUGAUCUGUUGUUUUCACAUUUUCCUUGCAAUAACCACAAUACCCUUGUGUCGGUCAAGAAAAGCAAGGCAUGUCUUUGGGUGUGGUAGGUGCAGCCUGCUUACAGAUCCCGCGCCACUCGAACUUCCCCCAGCCAAUUUUCUGCAGCUUCCCUUGAACUUUGCGGUAUCGGAGUUUUUUGCUCAUGUUCAGCGGGUGGUUGGGGUAUGGGAAUCCGACCAGUCUGCACUGGCUGCAGGGAGGUUCUCUUGUGCGAGAGCAGGGAGUUUUGACAUCAAAGAAGAGCUGACUUGGAAAAGGAGAGAAAUGAUGAAAGCGGCAGUGGUAGCGGAUGGAGUAGCAGAGUGCGAGGGAGAGGCUACAAUGCUGCUACGAACAGAAAGCAGAGAAUAAUGUUGCAGCGGCGGUUGCAGUGCAGGGGGUGUGAGAAUGUGACUGAUGUGACUCAAGGAGGCAGAGCAGGAAGCAGAGGAAGAAGAGGAAAUCAAAACAAAGGAAGAAGCGAGGAAGGCAGAGGAGGAGUAGGAGUAGGAGUAGGAGUAGUAGUAGUAGUAGUAGGAGGAGGAGCCAACUGAGUGAAUCGAGCUUUGGUGGAGCAGAAGGAAGUAGGAGAGGAGAAGUAACAAGGAGGAAAAGGAAAGGGGGAAAAGAGAGUGAUUCGGCCCUCCUGCAGUAGAUCUCAAUGCAGGGGAACAGCGCGAUUGUGGCCGAGGGGUUAUGGCAGCUGGCGAAUGAUUUCGAGGCGGAGCAGCAGAUUCCUCAAGCCGUCAUGUGUUUGGAGGCUAUCUGUCAGAGCAACACACCUUUUCUGCCGGAGAUAGAGGUGAAGACGCGUUUGCGGAUUGCGACAUUGCUUUUCGAGCAUACCGUCAACGCCACCCAAGCGAAGGCACACCUGGAAAGGGCGCAAGUGCUUUUGAAACAGAUUCCGUCUUCUCUGGACCUCAAGUGCAAGGCGCAAAGCCUUCUGAGCCGAUGCUAUUAUCUGAUCGGAAAUGUGAAGCUUCAGAAGCAAGCCAUCAAGAGAGGCCUAGAGCUGUUGGAGGGGGCUUCACCGUCCAGUGGCAAUGUGUCGUAUGUUUGGUCUGCGAAUUUCCUUUUGCAGCUAGCAAGUGCUCACAUUACCGAGGGAGAUUGGGCUACAGCUGUGAAAUGGCUGGAAGAAGGCCGGCGUUUCUCCGCAAAGGCCGGGAGGCUAGAUCUUGAGAUGUUGUUCGUUAGCGCUCUUCUUCAUGUGGGCCUGAUGAAGUGGGACCGCCAACAAUUUCUCGCUGACGCAAAGGAGGCAUGCCAAGUCAUCUGGAACAGAAUACCCCAGGAGCAGAAACGAGCAUACAAAGGUCUCGAACUCUACUUUGAGCUGCUGGUAGUGAUUUACCUUACCAGGGUCUGUCGGUACAAUGAAGCGCUGCAGCACGUCAACAAGCUGGAUGGCAUGCUUCAACGAGAAGAGCUGGAGAGUGGUGGGCCAGGAGGACUGCUGGCUUCUGAACCCUUGGGUCUAGAUUGGCUACGUCCCCCAGGGAUGGUUGUGAUGAUCGACCUCAUGGCAGCACUGUGCCUGCGUCCAGGCAAAGGGCUCAAAGAAGCACUGAAGCGGGUGAAAGCUGGCAUCAGCAUUGUGCGAAGGGAGCUUGAAAAGCUGGGAGUGGGCACUAACGUCACUGAGGGUGAGCUCCAGCACUGGGUGAUUUGGGUGGCGGGAACGUACCUUGUUCUUCUGUUAAAUCUGCUUGACAACAAGGCGCUUAUAGAGUUGACGAGGACGCAUCUCUGCGAUGCCCAAACGGCGAUUGUCGAAGUCAUGGAUCUCAUGCGCAGGUAUCCGACUAUCCUGGAUGUGUGUUCCAGCCAAGUUCAUGUGCUUGUUGGACAAUAUGCACACAGCCUUGGAUGCUUUCAGGAGGCUGUCGUGCACUUUGCAGAAGCUCGCGAGGCAACAGAGAAUCGGGAGUUGCAGUCAUUGUGCAGCAUUUACGGAGCUCUCUCGCAGAUGUGCAUCGAUAUGGAUCCAGAUUGCAACAGCAAGGCUUUGGACCUUAUUAACCCCAUUAUGAGAAAUAUGGAUUCAUUCACGGGGAGUCAAGAGAAAUCCAGCUGCAUUUUGGUCUCCGGCAUACUCUCGUGGAAACAGCAGAACAUGACCGAAGCGAAGAACAAACUCACGUCCGGACUCCAGCUUACUCAUGGCCUCCUGGGCAAUCAUCAGGUCACGUCACAGUAUUUGACUCUCCUAGGCAAUAUCGCUCUGCACUUUCGGGAUCCCCCACAGGCUCUCAACAUCCUGAAGUCAGCCCUGACAAUCGCCCAAACCCAACACGAUCUUCCCAUUCAGCUCGGCAUCAUAAGCGAGCUCGAGAUGUUGUAUAAGGACGUCGGAGAUACUGCCAAGGGUGGAGAGAAUGCUGCUUUUCAGAGGCAGAAGAUGGCAGACUUUGUACAUAAAGUCAAUGCAGCCAAGUCAACUCCUUACCAUCAGCAAAUUCUACAGUAUCGUGGGAAAGACGCAUAGCCAGCUUCAAGGACAACUUGUACACUGCGAACACAGUCUAACCAGAGUUGUUGUCUCUGGCCCUCUAGAGCUGCAGUCAUCAUUCUGUUAGCUCCACUUCUUCCGUUAGUAGCUGCAGGCUGCAGCUGUUCUGUUAGCUGCACUUCUUCCGUUAGCUGCAGGCUGCAGGCCCUCUAGAGCUGCAGUCGUUCCGUUAGCUGCAGGCUGCAGGCCCUCUAGAGCUGCAGUCGUUCCGUUAGCUGCAGGCUGCAUCCUGUUAGCUGCAGGUCUCCCAGUUAGCUGCAGUUGUUCUUGUGGAUGUGGUUGUUCUGUUAGCUGUUAUAAUACAUAGCCUUGUAGAGCUGCAGUUGUUGUUCUGUUAGUUGUUAAAAUUGCGUAGCCCUGUAGAGAUGCAGUUCUCCUGUUAGGUGUUAGGAUGUC